CAAAGUUGUCUAAUUAAAAGGAGCAGGUAAACUGGGAGCUUUAACCUUUGUCCCACGGUGAAUCGUCAAGCUGUCAACUUUGGUGAGUUCCUCAGGUUUACCUAUGUUUGAUGCAGAUGGAAACUAAGGAAGCUUUUGGAAAAGAGAACAUGGAAACUAAGAAAAAGAAUUUGACCUUUCUGAGGCAGAGACUCUACAUGUUGGAGAGGAGGAAGACUGACACUCUUGUGGAGAGCAGUGCUGCUGUGGACCACAGUAAUUCGGGCCCCUUGAGGAGAAGUCAGUCUGAUAGAACUGAAUACAACCAAAAAUUGCAAGAAAAGAUGACACCCCAAACUGGAGCCUCUGCACCUGGGCCCCCAGCCCAGGAUGAACAGCAGCAGAUAAGAAGAAUGAUGGCAAAGAGGUCGAACAUCAUCAAAGAACUGAUACAGACUGAAAAGGACUAUCUCAAUGACCUGGAGCUAUGCAUUAGGGAAGUAGUUCAGCCCCUGAAAACCAAGCAGAUUGAUAGAUUUGAUGCAGACGGCUUGUUUAGCAACAUCCAAUCAGUGCAUCAGAUAUCAGUUAAGUUGCUGUCCUUGCUGGAAGAAGCCACAAAAGACGUGGAACCAGACAUGCAAGUAAUCGGGAGAAUCUUCUUGCAAAUUAAAAGUCCACUUGAAGACAUCUAUAAAAUCUACUGCUAUCACCAUGAUGAAGCCCACACUAUACUUGAGUCCUAUGAAAAGGAUGAAGAACUGAAACAACAUAUGAGACAGUGUAUCCAGUCCUUAAAGAAAUUAUACCUGGAAGAAGGCAAACCCAAUCUGCUGGAUAUGGGAUCCCUGCUCAUCAAGCCAGUUCAGCGGGUGAUGAAGUAUCCUUUACUGCUCUGUGAACUGCGGAACUCAACUCCUCCUUCUCACCCAGAUUACAAAGAACUGGAAGAUGCCUUAGCUGCAAUGAAAGACAUUAAUGUGAACAUCAAUGAAUUUAAAAGAAGGAAAGAUCUGGUUCUGAAAUACAAGAAGAAUGAUGAAGAUGAAUCCCUCAAAGAUAAAUUUUCCAAACUGAAUAUCCAUUCAAUUAGCAAGAAAUCCAAAAGGGUGACUAACCAUCUAAAGAUUCUGACCAGAGGAGAAUCUCAGGUGAAAGACAGAACCUUUAAUAGAGAAGAAAAACUGUUUAGACAUUUAGAAAAAACCGUGAGGAAUUGUGUGAAGAACAUUUCAUUCUGCCUUCAACACAUACAGGAUGCUAUGCCCCUAGCUGCCCAGACUGUGACAGAGCUGCAUGUUAUUUCAUGUGACAAGGAUGCUAAGGACAGUGACUAUUCAGCUACCCUAAGCAAGCCCCCAAAUCCCUGUGAAGAUUUUGUGGCUCACUUACACAGGCUGGUCCUGACCCCACUAUUGGCCCUGCAGUCCUUAUUUCCAGGACCCCAGAAACUCAUCCAGAAGCGCUAUGACAAACUGCUAGACUACAAUGGCUAUAUACAGUGCUCAGCAGGUGAUGACUCAGACCUGGCAAGGAAGGACUAUGAAGCUCUUAAUGCACAACUUGUUGAGGAGCUCCAAGUGUUCAAUCAAGUUGUUCGGCAGGUCCUGCUGAAUUGUCUCUACUGUUUUGUCACUCUCCUCAGGGAUCUGAUGUUCAUGGCUUUGAAACCUUAUUCCACAGUUAUGCCACUAUUACCGCUCCCAUCCAGCAUCAAUAAAGCUCAAAAUCGAGUAAUAGAAGAGGUUCAUAGCCUGAAUUUUGUAAAGGACAACAGUGCAACUUUUAUUGAAAGAAAGCUGAGCUUUGAAAAGAAGAAACCCGGGCCCACUUUGUCAGAUAUGCCCCGUCAGACUGAGAACCAUCGUUCCCAGCUUUUAGCAACCUACAGCCUGGAAGCUCUCUACCAAGCAAAGCGCAGGUGUAAUGCUACACAGGAACAUGACAUUGAUCUUCUGGAAGGAGACCUGGUGGCUGCUGUGGAGCAGAAGGAUCCAUUGGGAAGCACAAGUCGGUGGCUUGUUGAUGCUGGAAUUGCCAAAGGCUUUGUAUAUGCUUCCUUCCUGAAGCCCUACAAUCCAGCCAAAGUGCAGCAGGCAGACAGGGAGCACUGGUUCUGUGAAGAGGACUUUGAUAACAUCAGCCUCUUUGUGUCUUCAUGGCCUGUCAGUCAUAGUAUCAACCACACCUGGAAAGAGAGUACAAGUGACAGUAGCUCCUCUCUCAAUGGCAUAUGUGGAAAACCUGAAGCAGAUGGGGUUGACACAGACUCUGUCCAAGAUGGGGAUGAACAGAUAUUCUAUGCGGUUCAUCCAUUUCAAGCCCGAAGUGAACAUGAGCUCAGCCUCCAAGAAUACCAACGGGUUCACAUUCUUCGAUUUUGUGAUCUGAGUGGCAAUAAGAAGUGGUGGCUAGCUGAAGCUCAAGGACAGAAGGGAUAUGUGCCCGCCAACUACCUGGGAAAGAUGACAUAUGCUUAAAAAACAAGCUCCUGGAUAAUUUAUUUAGUUUCCUGUCAAAUCAAGAGAUCAACUGACUACCUCUUACAUAUCUGAUAUGAAGUUUCUCAGUGAGGAAAGUACAUCAAACACCAAAGAAAUAAAUCAUCCAGCACUAAGACUGGUACCUUGCCAGAUACAAUGGAGGUUCUGGCAAGAUCAGCUCAUAAGUAUAUCUUAGGAUAUAUCGGUGUUGAAGUAAAUGCUAAACCAAAAUUCAAUGUAAAAAAAUUAAUAAACCCACCAACUCUUUGUAGUCAUCUUAAGAAACAUUUUUUUAAACCAAACAAACUUUUUUAGGAAUAAUCAUAAGAAAGGAUCAAUAUAUCUUAUUGUAAUUCUGAAAGACUGAAUACACAUGAAAUAAGCUUUUGCCCAAACUGAUUUAUUUAUAAAUUUCUAACUGGAAACGAGCCUAGAGAGCAUAUAAUUCAAACUUCCCCAUUUUACAGAGAAGGGAAGUAAUUUGUUUAAGAUCAUAGAAAUUCUAAAUUCUGGCCUAAAUUUGAGCCCUGGUACAGCGGACCAUAUUGUUUCACCCAGACAUUUUAUUUUCUCAAGGUUAUUGGUCAUAGGGCAUUAAAAAAAAUUAAAGUAAAAUAGACUAGUUAACAAUCAAUAAAAUAUCCCCAAUAUAAAAGCACAGGGGCAAAAAAGAUGAAAAAUUAAAAUAUUAUUGCCCAUAUAAACAAGCAAGUACAGUUGAUGUAUGCUUAAGUAUUGUGAAUUACCAUAUCUAAUGAAAAAGAACACUUAUUCUAAUUCUCCCCCCUUUUUUAGUACAUAAAUGUACAUACAGUAACACAUACACAUACACAUAC